CCUUCCCUCCCUCCCCUCUCUCCUUCCCUCCCUCCCUCGGCUGCGGAAAUGACACAAAGUUACAUCACGGAGCGGAAACCACGGAGAAAAAAAACCACGCAGAGAGAAAGAGAGAAACACAGAGACAGUGAUCGCUGCGCUACAGGGAGCUCCCGCCCGCCCGCCCUCACCCACCCACUGUGGGGCAGGUGUGCAGCAGGUUUACAAUGAACAGCACAGAAAAGGACGAUAAGAGUGAAAUCAGAACACCAUUCAGAGGUCUAAACCCUUCAGUCAGCAAGGAUGAAGAAUUGGAAAAUGAAGACACUGUAACAGACGUCAAUAUUGAGGUGGUCAAAGUAAAGAUGGAAGAUGAUGAAGAUGAGGAUGGUUUUAGCCCAGACACAGCUGCAGAAAACAGCAUUGUACCCAACGCACUAAAACGGAAACAGAUACACAAUGGUUUUGGUGAGACGACCCUAGACCAUGAAAGCCCCAUCAUCUAUAAAUGGAGAAGACUUAACUGUGAGGACAUGCUUGCCAGUUUGAGGGGCUCCAGCUCUUCCCAGAGGUUCCUGGAGGGUACAAGCAGGAUGAGGGAAACCAGCGAUGCUUCGUUGCUGGGGAACGACGAGACUGUGCGGGCUGGACCCUCCUUCGGGAAGCCCCUGUACGGCAUCACGCACAAGAUCUCGGACCGACGGAGCCUGCUAAAGGGAGAGCAGCAGUCGGCCACUGAAGAAGGCUUCCUCAACAGCCUCCUCCAGCAACACCACCUGACCGACGGCCACAAGAACUACUCUAGCAACCUGUUGCCCCAGGCCACUGGAGCCGAGCCCACCCUCUACUCCCUGAUCCACAAGAUGUUCUUCACCCUCAACACGCUGAACUCCACCAUGACCCAGCUCCACAGCAAGAUCGACCUGCUGUCGCUGGAGGUGGACCGCAUCAAGAGGCACGUCAGCCCAGGAGAGUCGGUGCUGGACUUCCCACCACCGGCCGAGUACCGGCUGAACAACGGUGAGCUGAAGCAACUCCUGGAGCAGAGCUCGUCCCCGGGGGACCUCUCCUGCCGCCUGCUCCUCCAGCUCUUCCCGGAGCUCUUGGCCGAAGACCAGGCUGACGUGGGUUGCCGAGCGUGCAGCGCCACACCCACGAGGAAGCUGGACACCCUCCACCUCCAGCUCAUCCGAAACUACGUGGAGGUUUGCUACCCGUCGGGCGGGAAUGGCGACGUGUGGAGGGCGGACUGCCUCCCGCAGCUCAACGACUUCUUCAACAGCUUCUGGACACAGAGGGAGAUGGAGAGCAGUCAGCAGAUCUCCAAGGUGGUCAGCAUCGACCGGGAAGACCAUGACAUGGGUCAAGCCCAGUCUAACAGCCAUGUGGAGGACAACCCGCAUGAGGAAGCCCUGUCCUUGGACUCCCCCAGCAGCGUCAACUCGGACUUGGUGCUGGAAGCCCAGGAGAUCAGUGAGUACCUAGAGGGGGCCUCGUCGCCCGGUGAAUUUGCUGCCUUGCUCCUCCACCGCCUCUUUACGGAGCUCUUUGACUCCAGGCGCUUGGCGUCACAGUACAGCUGCCGCGACUCUCCGGGCAAGCAAGCCCUGGACCCCCAGAAGAUGCAGGUGGUGAGGAGAUACUGCGAGAUCCACUACCCUGAGGUGCGGGACGAGGAGGCGUGGACGGAGCUGGUGGAGCGGCGGCUCGACCAGGAGCUGGAGUGCGUCCACUCUGACGACAGCGACUCGGACAGGCAGAGGGACGAGAGCAUUGGGACCUCCAAUGCCACAAUGGUGGGCAGCCAAGAGGACCUCGAAAGGUCCAUACCGAAGUUCUGGCUGGAGCCCGUGGACUUCAAUCAGUUGGAGAUACCUCCUCCGGACUUUGAGGUGCCCUGCCCGCAACACAUCCUCGAUAAACACCAGUUGAAGAACAUCUACGAGAAAAGCCGGUCCUUCCGCAACUUUGCCUCCCGCCUGUUGGUGCAGUUCUUCCCCGAGCUCUUCACUCCGGAGAACCUGAGGAAGCAGUACAACUGCAGCGGGUCCCUGGGCAAGAAGCAACUGGACCCCGUGAGGAUCAAGCUCAUCCGCCACUACGUGCAGCUGAUUUGCCCCAGGGCCAAACGCGACAAGACCUGGAAACGCGAGUUUAUGUCCAAGUUGGACGAACGCUGCCGCCGAUGGGACAUGGAGCAACGGCGCGUCUACCACCAGCAGAUAAAGAAGUCCAUCCCAUACCGCGACAGAGUGAAGGAAAAGCAGAUGCAAAAGCAGGCCAAGAGGGACUCCGUUCAACCACAGGCAGCACGAGACCGGACAGAACGCUAUUACGGAAACUUCUGCAAGGUCCCCCUCCAACAACUCAUCUUCCCCACUGUCGACUUCCCCGUGCCCACCAAGCAUCUAGUGUCCAACAAAGAUCUAAAGGAGAUAGUCCAGGACAGUCUGUCGGUCGGGAACUUGUGCGCCCGGCUUCUGGUCAGGAUCUUCCCUGAGCUGUUUACGUCCGAAAACCUGAGAGUGCAGUACAACCAUUCGGGGGCGUGUAACAAGAAGCAACUGGACCCAGUGCGCCUGAAGCUGAUCCGCCAUUAUGUGAAGGCAGUUUACCCUCCGGCCAAGAGUGAUCAGGUGUGGAACUUGGAGUGUAUUCCCAGCAUCGACGAGAGGUGUAGAAGACCCAACUGGAGGAAGUCCAAGGUGACCGCAGACUCCAAGGAUAAGAAACGCUAAACGUGACACAGACACAAAAAGCUGGAGUAACUCAGCGGGUCAGGCAGCAUCUCUGGAGAGAAGGAAUGGAUGACGUUUCAGGUCGAGACCCUUCUUCAGACUUUCAAACGUUUCUCCCUCAGCCCUCCUUCGAAAUAUCAAACUGGUGUUUUCACUUCUCUAUAAGGAGGUUCACCACAAAAUAGUGACUCGUUUGUAAAGUUGACCACAGGGCAGAUAAGGUGUGAAUAUUUGUUUUAAACUUCAAAAGAUCAAUGAGUGCCGGCUCAAUAGAGAACCCACAGAGGGAGUUACCACCCACCUGAUUGUUUCAUCUUAGUUUAGUUUAGAGAUACAGCGCGGAAAUAGGUCCUUGGGCCCACGGAGCCCACGCCGACCAGCGAUCACUAUCCUAGAAACUAGGGACAAUUUACUUAAGCUAAUUAGCCGACACUGCCCUACUUUGACAAAAGGAAGCAACUGACAGAAAGGCGUUUUUGUUGUAAAUGAGGAAAACGUGUUUUUCUUGCAGCUCUUUGUGAUGGAAUUUCUUAUUUCUCUGGUAUAAAUAUUUUCAAAUUGUACUCAUUGAAGACUUAUUUUGUUCACCAUUGUGUAGAGCAUAUCUCAAAUGUCCUAAAACAAGCAAUAAUUCGAUUUUGACAAAAUUGUCAGUUGCUUCCUUUUGUCAAAUUAGGGCAGUACAAACCUGUAUGUCUUUUGAGUGGGAGGAAACCAGAGUACCUGGAGAAAACCCACGUGGUCACAGGGAGAAUGCACAAACUUCGUACAGACAGCACCCGUAGUCAGGAUCAAACCCGGGUCUCCAGCGCUGUAAGGCAGCAACUCCACCGUUGUGCCACCUUGCCACACUGUUUAGCUUAGUUUGGAGAUACAGCCCCUUUGUCCCACCAAAUCCGUGCCAACCAGCCAUCACCCUGUACACAUUAGUUCUAUUCUACACACUAGGGACAAUUUACAGAAGCCAAUUCACCUCCAAACCCCCAUGUCUUUGGGAUAUGGGUGGUAACCGGAGCAUCCGGAGAAAUCCCAGGCUACUGUUUGGGUUUGGAGAUCUGGUUUCAGAUACAAGAGGGAAAGAUGGAGUGAAGCUGGUCCCUCAAUGGGAAUUUUCUUAAUGCUCAUGUUCAUACGUUAUAGGAACAGAAUUAGGUUCCUAGACAGCCCAUCAAGUCUACUCCAUUCAAUCCUGGCUGAUCCAUCUUUCCCUCAACCCCAUUCUCCUGCCUUCUCCCCAAAACUCCUGACACCCGUACUAAUCAAGAAUCUGUCAAUCUGCGCCUUAAAAAAUAUCCAUUGACGUGGCCUCAACACCUUCUGUAGCAAUGAAUUCCAGAUUCACCACCCUCUGACUAUAGAAAUUCCUCCUCAUCUCUUUUCUGAAGGUAUGUCCUUUUAAUGUGAGGCUAUGUCCAAUGGUCCUAGACUCUCCCACUAGUGGAAACAUCCUCUCCACAUCCACUCUAUCCGGGCCUUUUUCUUUUUAAUUGUAUGUAGUUUAUGCAUUUUGACUGGCAAUCAAGCACAUAUUUUAGGAUUUGUUUAUCACCUGACACUUGAAUAUAAAUAGUCACAAAAUGUUGGAGUAACUCAGCGGAUCAGGCAGCAUCUCUGGAGAGAAGGAAUGGGUGAUGUUUCGGGUCGACCAGAAACGUCACCCAAUCCUUAUCUCCAGUCAUGCUGCCUGUCCCACUGAAUUACUCCAGCAAUUUGUGUCUAUCUUCGGUGUAAACCAGCAUCUGCAGUUCCUUCCUACACACCACACUUGGAUAUGCUAUAUAGCUAUAUAUCAUUUAGGUAUAUUUGUGUAUGUCAGUUAUCUAUAACCCAACUCACACAGGUAAUGUUUUAAAUAGAUUUAUUGCCUAUCUAGAAAAAUCUGUAUUAAAAAAUAGACAUUAAAUUGUACAUCUUCUCAAGAUU